UUCAACAUGGCUGUUGUCUGCAAAUAGAGGAGGGCUUGUCUUCAGCAAUGAAAUAGUCUGGGCUUUCUUAAAUUAUAGGACAAUUGACUCAGUUCUGUGUGUUAGCUGGUGUUGACUGUUAGCCGGUCCGCCAUGGCCCAAUGUGUUCAGUCUGUCCAGGAGUUCGUCCAGGACUCGUUCGUCCCGAUGGUGGCCGUCUUAUGUAGCGAAGAAGCGGAGAGAAUGACCCGCAAGAACAAUCUGAAUUUCGCCGAGCUGCUGAGGCCUUUCUGCAGGCUAACGUCCGAAGGUCACAUCCGGGACCCCAACAACCAGGUGCAGGUCGUGAAAAACCUGCGUAUCUGUGUCAACAAUGUGGUGACGAGCCCAAACGCGACGUCUGCUGCGCUGAGUCCCGCCCAGCGCCGGCUGCUCAAUGAAGUGGUGUUAUCCUGUCAGCCACAGGAGGGCGCUGUGACCAGUGUGAUCACAGCGGGAGACUACGACCUCAACUUCAGUGCAACCACGCCCUGGUUCGAAACCUACAGGGAGAACUUCCUGCAAACGAUGCCCGCCUCCGACCACGAGUUCCUCAACCACUACCUCGCCUGCCUGCUGGUGGUGUCCUCCACUGAGGCGGUGCCCGUGGAGCAGUUCCUCAAGCUUUCCCAGGAGCAGCACAGGAUCCAGCACAGCGGAGACUACACCAACCCCAAGUGGUUUAUCCCCAACACGCUCAAGUACUACGUCUUACUGCACGACAUGAGCGAGGGGGAUGAACAGAGGGCAGAUGUGGUGUACGAGGACAUGAAGCAGAGGUACGGUCCUCAGGGCUGCUAUCUGUUGAAGAUGAACUCUCGUACCUCCUCAGCUGAAGAAGACGAGCAGAUCCCGGACCCCUGGAGUCAGUACCUGCACAGGACUAAUCUGCAGAACCAGGAUACGCUCGACGAUCCGGCUGUGAACAGCGCCGCCGCUGAGAACAGUGUCGGUGCAGCUGAAGUGGAUCUCCCUCAGUCAACGGAGAAAGACGGAGUUUCCAACAGCCUGGAGAGCCAUCCUCUCCAGCUGGACGCGGAGAGCGGCUCGGGGAGCCUGCACGCCCUCGGCGCCGUGAACACUGACCUGAAGAAAGGUGCCAGAGAUCCAGAGAGUACGGCGGGAGGAGCAGGGAGCCACGGGGCGUGUUUGACCCUGAAUGACCAUGACCACAUCAGACAGUUCAUCCAAGAGUUCACCUUCAGGGGCCUCCUGCCUCACAUAGAGAAGAACAUCCGGCAGCUCAACGACCAGCUGGUCUCCAGGAAAGGUCUGAGCCGGUCUCUGUUCACCGCCACCAAGAAGUGGUUUGGCGGAGGGAAAGGUCCAGAGAAGAGCAUCAGUGAACCAAAGAGCACGUGUGGCCUCCUAUAUCCCCCAGAAGCCCCCGAGCUGCAGAUCAGGAAGAUGGCGGACCUGUGCUUCCUGGUUCAGCACUACGAGCUGGCCUACAGCUGCUACCACACCGCCAAGAAAGACUUCCUGUCAGACCAGGCCAUGCUGUACGCUGCAGGAGCACUGGAAAUGGCUGCAGUGUCGGCCUUUCUGCAGGCUGGAGCUGCCAGACCGUAUCCAGCACACUACAUGGACACGGCAAUACAGACGUACAGAGACGUCUGCAAGAACAUGGUGCUGGCCGAGCGAUGUGCUUUACUCAGCGCUGAGAUUCUCAAGAGUCAGGGAAAAUACUCCGAGGCUGCGACGCUGCUCAUCAAGAUGACCAGCGAGGACUCGGACCUGCGCAGUGCUCUGCUGUUGGAACAGGCCGCCCACUGCUUCAUUAACAUGCGUAACCCCAUGGUGCGCAAGUUCGCCUUCCACAUGAUCCUGGCUGGUCAUCGUUUCAGCAAAGCGGGACAGAGGAGACAUGCACUGCGCUGCUACUGCCAGGCCAUGCAGGUGUACAAGGAGAGGGGCUGGUCUUUGGCGGAAGACCACAUCAACUUCACCAUCGGCCGUCAGUCCUUCACACUCCGCCAACCAGAGAGCGCCGUCGUAGCCUUCAGACAGAUCCUGACCAAUGACAGCAGACAGACGGCCACGCAGCAGGGCGCCUUUCUCAGAGAGUAUCUCUAUGUUUAUAAGAGUGUGAUGGGGGGAAAUGAAGUCAGCCUCCCCCAGCUGCCUCUGCCCUGCAUCCACAGCUCGGCCACGAGGGUUUACUUCGGACACGAGCGCCGCCUGGCAGAAGGGGAGAAACAGGCAGCCACUCAUGUGUCUCUGGAUCAGGAGUAUGACCAGGAUUUGGCGACGAUGUGGUGCCACCUGGAGGAGCAGCUCGUGGCCGCCGCCAACCGAGGGACUGUCCCAGUGAACUUCCAGCCCACCCAGAGCUGCCUGAACAGCCAGACGGACAACCUGCGCCACCCACUGGCUGUGGUGGAGGAGCCAAUCAUAGUGGAGGUGACAUUCAGGAACCCUCUGAAGGUUUCUCUGGCUCUGUCCAACCUCUCCCUCCUCUGGAGGUUCACCGCCGAUGCUGCGUCUCCAUCAACGGAGAAGACGACUGAAGAGCUGGAAGGAGAGGCCAUCACCAAUGAGGAGACCCUGGCUCGAGGGAUGACUCAGAAAGACGACAUUGUCACCACGGAGACCAUCCUCGAUUUUCACAUGGGUCCGGAGGAGACCAAAACGGCUCGACUCAGGCUGCUGCCACACAGAACCGGACAGCUGAACAUUGUCGGUGUGGUGUACAACCUGGCUGAAGCGUCCUCUGGAGAGACGGCUCCCAGCACUGACGGCCAGCAGAGCGGGAAUGUGAUGGUGGUUCGUGGAAAACAGGACCUGAAUAUCCGCGGCCCACGACUCAACCAGACCAAAGAGGACAAGAUGUUGGUCCGACACGGUCCUGAUCGACGCCUGGACCCCAUCAUAACACCAUCCAUGCCCCUGAUGGAGGUCUUCUUCCUGCAGUUUCCCACUGCUCUGCUGUGUGGUGAGAUCAGGAAGGCCUACGUUGAGUUCUGUAACGUCAGCAGCGUUGCGUUGUGCGGCCUGCGCGUGGCGUCAACACACCCUGAUUUCUUCACCUUCGGCAGUCAGGCCACAACGCCCGUCACGCCGCUGAGCCCGAACUCCGCUGAGAGCUGCUCGGCCUAUAAAACUUUGGCCACCACCCCCCAGCUGGGCUCGGUGGCGACCGAGAUGCUGGUCUCAGCUGAGGAUUUCAGUCAGCUGUCCAGCGUGAUGGAGAUCCCCAUAGAGGGCAACACACUGCAGCCGGGGGAGUCCACCCAGCUGCCUCUCUGGCUCAGAGGACCGGACCAGGAGGGAGUCCAUGAGAUCAACUUCCUGUUCUACUACGAGAGCGCAGAGAAAGGAAUCAAAAUCAGUCAUCGGGUGUUACGCCACACGGUGUUCAUCUGUGCCAGUCGCUCUCUGAGUGUGCAGGCGUCGGCCUCCCGCAGCAGCGUCCCUCCACAUCACAGCCUGGACGACAAAGGCAGCGGCGGGACGCUGGUCUUUAUCGACGUGGAGAACAUCAACACGAGUGAGUCCGGCGUGCGUGAAUUCCACAUUGUCCAGGUGUCCAGCAGCAGCCAACACUGGCGCCUCCACAAGUGCAUCAACCCAUCCAGGGAUAAAGACUGUAAACUCACCAGCAGAGAAAGAGCCAAGCUGUGCUUCAGGGCCACACGAUGCAAACCCCACCAAGCUACCUCGGGCGCCGUGCAGAAAUACACGUUUGCAGACCUGAAUCUGGGAAAUGAACGGAUCAUCAGUUCCUCCACACCCUGCGGAGAUUUCUUCUUCCGCUGCUGCCGGACCGCGGAGUCUCAGCGAGUGGAUGUGGCGUCGUCCAGGACGUCGUCCAGCAGCAAGAGUCAAGGCGGCGUCCUCUCGGAGAACAGAGCCUCCGACAUCACCAACAUCGUCAAGAAGUGUAACGAGCUGGACCUCAACAUCAUCGUCAUCUGGAAGGCUUACGUGGUGGAGGACAACAAACAGCUGAUCCUGGAGGGCCAGCUCCACGUGGCGCUGCAGACCAUCGGCAAAGAGGCCACUUCUCUGACUCCCAAAGAGGAAGCUCAGGAGAUGGUUCUGCUCAAGUUUAAAUCAGAGCUGCCUCUUCCUGUCGUCGUGCCGUCUGCAGAGCUGUCCCAGCUCAUCAAGACCAACCUGCACUACCCCGAGACCUACACACACACGUUUGUCCAGGAUAGUCUCUGUCUGGUUCCAGUCACUCUGACUUUGUCCAACUGCUCGUUGGCUCACGUGGACGUCAUCAUUGACUUGCGGCACAAAAGCACAAGCCCAGAGUCUCUGGAGGUCCACAACUCGUUCACCUGGGUGGGUCAGAGCCAGUACAAGCUGCAGCUGAAGCCCGAGGAGGUGCUGUGUCUGACCCUGCGAGCCUGUUUCCUCCAGGCAGGAGUCUACAACCUGAACACGCCGCGGGUCUUUGCCAAACCGGCCAAGCAGGGGACCAUGUGUGAGACGAGUCAGCAGACGGCGAGUCCCGCUCUCAUCAUCAUCAACAAUGCCUGAGAGGAGCGCCGCGGCCUGUAGAGAGGAGGGUCAGGACGCCGUGGACACACAAACCAAUGACCAGAGUCCACCAGCGACUCUGUGCACGACCACGCUCGGUCUUCUUGAAUAAAACUGGACAGAGGUUUUGUAAUAAUUAGUAUAAUAGAAAAAAAAUGUUUAUUUAAAACAAACAGCUACAGUUUCCAGAGACUGAUGAGCUGACGUUACAGGUGAAGUGGUCAGACAGUUCAUGGACCUCAGAAAUAUCAAGUUUCAUCCGCCAAGCAUCAAAGAGUCUCACUCGCACGUUAGCCGUCGUCUCACAGGUUUACCCUCCUACCAUCCAGCCUCCAUACCUCUGCUGCCUCCACCCGCCCCGCUCCACCCACCUGUCACCAGCAUCUCAAACACAGGAUGUUGACUCUGAUCUAAAACCCUGAAGCAAAGUCAGAGACAAACUGCUGCACCUGUUGUGUGCAGGGUGUGUGUGUGUGUGUGUGUGUGUGUGUGUGUGUGUCCACGUCGAGUGCUCAUUUCACCGACGCCAUCAUUCUUUAGGUCUGUAUCUGCAAAUACUCUGAACUCUAGAGAAAUCAGACGUCAAACUCCCAAAUGGACUGAGCAGUGGUGUUGACAUGUCUCUUACUGUGACAUCCUAACAAGCUGUUUACAUCCUGAACAUCGUUCAUCUCACCACCCAGCCCCGACGCCUGCAGCGUCUCCACCCAGCGGUCUCUGUGUGACCGUCACUCUGUCAGGACAACACACCACCGUGUCCUCACGUGCACGCUGUUGAUUUUCUAAAUUCCAGCCAAUCCAAUCACC